AUGAGUGGAACUGAAAAAAGGCCUAAGAAGAAUUGGAGGUCGUGCGUUUUUUGCAGAAGAUCUCACUUGGUCUGCGACGAGCAACGUCCCUGUACAAGAUGUAUCAAACGAGAUAUUGCCCAUCUAUGUACAGAUGAAAAUUUGGGAAAUUCAAUGGGUCCUACUACACCAGCACCAGCAGCUGAAGAAUCAACCGGGGAUAUUGGUUUGCCACCGGGAGGAGCAGAACAGCUGACCAGCGCUAUGACUAGAACACCUAGUUUCCUGCCACAACAGCCUACGUUUGUAUCAGAGCAUGUGGGAUCAGAAUUCAGCUCUCUCAAUGAGUUCUUGAACAUGUUGGAAGAUCCUCUCCUGGUGAAUCAAUCGGAUCGACAGGAGAAAUCGCAGGACGAUGGAUCGAAACCUUAUGACGGUCAAGAAACAACUCCGAUAAUUAUAGAUGAGGAUCAACAAUUGAAAGGCGAUAACAAUGCUCCAACACCGAAAGAACAUUUCUUUCUGACAGCUGCAGAUCCCUCGACUGAAAUGACUCCAGAGGAUCGAUUGAAGCUGGUGAUAAAUGCCAAACUAGAGGCGGGACUGCUGCAACCAUACAACUAUGCACAGGGUUAUUCCAGAUUACAAAACUAUAUGGACAGAUACAUGAACCAAUAUUCCAAACAACGAAUUCUAAAACCUCUUUCGACGAUUCGUCCAGCGUUUAGAGCCAUUGCAAGGUCCUUGAAGGACGUCGAUUUGGUUCUCGUAGAAGAAGGUUUUGAAAGAAUGUUACUAUCGUACGAUCGCGUCUUCACAUCCAUGAGUAUGCCAGCGUGCCUAUGGAGACGCACGGGUGAAAUCUAUAGGGCGAACAAGGAAUUUGCGUCUCUGGUCGAUUGCACCGUUGACGAUCUGCGCGACGGGAAACUUGCAAUUUAUGAAUUAAUGACUGAGGAAAGUGCCGUUAACUUUUGGGAGAAAUAUGGUUCUAUCGCAUUCGAUAAAGGCCAAAAAGCUGUGUUAACGAGCUGUAACUUGCGAACCAGAGAUGGCCGUAGGCGAAAACCUUGUUGUUUUAGUUUCACGAUAAGAAGAGAUAGGUAUAAUAUACCUAUUUGUAUAGUCGGUAACUUCAUACCUAUAUCAUAA